CGCAAAAUGGUUAACAUUAAAAUUUUCAAAAUAAAAAGCACAAAUUUUUGUGCGCAAUUCAACCUGUGCAGCCUUUGAAUCCAGUCUACCCAUAUAUUCCGGACUCUUCCUCCCUCUGUAUCAGAUACUCUGAAUAGCUUCCGGUGCACUACAGCAACAAGCUCGCCGCUUUUUUCUUAAUCUUCGUUCUUCGCCGGAAAAUCAAGAAAAUCUUGACCAUGCAGCUGCCGUUGGACGGUGGAAGGGCCGGCAGGGCGCCGGAGAAGUCGAAUUUCUCGCAGACUUGCAGCCUCCUGGGUCAGUUCCUCAAAGGGAAAGGCAGCCGCAGAGAUCUGGGUCUUGAAAUUCGUGGCAAAUUGGAGGCUGCAGGGAAAUCUGAUAUGUCUAAUGCUGCAACCACCAUAGAUUUCCUAGCCAACAUGGAGAAAUCAAGUCAGAUUCCAGAACUGGACUUGAAUUCCACAGAUCCCCUCACUGAGCAGGAUGAUGCUAUGGGGUCUGUUAGAACAAUUGAGGAAAACGCAAAUGAAGCUAGUACUAGCAAAGAAGCACCAAGAGAGCCCAAGGCUGCUCCACUGACUAUUUUCUACUCCGGCAAGAUUAUGGUGUUUGAUGAUUUCCCGGCCGACAAAGCCAGGGCAGUAAUGUUGUUGGCAAGCAAAGUAAGCCCUCAGGGCGUUUUCCAGACUGCUGGUGCAGAAAUCCAGCCUGUAGCGGCUAACUCAGCCAACCCCCCGCCUAGGAGGACUGCAAGUCCUGCACCAUCUUCACCCCAAGUUUCUUCGCCUUCAGGAUCUAAUGUUUCUGAUCUUCCAAUUGCAAGAAGAUCAUCCCUUCACCGAUUCCUUGAGAAGAGGAAGGAUAGGGCCACGGCUAGAGCGCCAUACCAACUACAUAAUCCAGUCGCUCCAUCAGCAAAGAACGAAGGGUCGUCUUCCAAGAACGAGGCUUCUUCUUCCAAGGCCGAGGAUGAACUAGACCUCAACUUCAAGCUGUAAUCCGUCAAUUUCAUAGGCCUGACUUUCGGCGUUUAAGCCCUAUCGUCUUCCAAGAACGAGGCUUCACUUCAUAGCCUCAUCUUCCAAGGGCGACAAAUCGUCUCCCAAGAACAAGGAUGAAUUGGAUCUCAACUUGAAGUUAUAGUCCAUAUCAGCAGCAGCUGCUUAUAGAUCUGACCAUUUUUGUUUAAUCCUUCCUCUCCUAUUGCAUUCAAUAGUCUUCCCUGUCCCUCCCUGCAGGGCACCUAACUAGCCUCCUUUCUCUGACUUUUUUUUAGUGGAUUACCCACCAACUUGUCUCAGCUGCGUUUUACACAUGAUAGAUAGAUGUAGUUGUCAUCACUUAUUGCUCUCACUUUGGCUCACCAAACUUGGUCAAGUCAACGAAUAUUCUUUAUAUAUGUGAUGCAUAUUUGUUUAAAAUGUAAUGAACACUAUGAGGUGUAUAUUCAAUUUAAGACUUU